AUGUCGUCUGACCUCCUCUCUUCCCUCCCUACUCAGCUGUUUAUAAACAACCAGUAUGUCGACAGCACAUCCUCUGCCCGUCUCUCUCUUGUGAACCCGUACGACGGCUCGCCCAUCCCCCACGCCGCCCACAUCGCCUCGAAAGAAGACGUCGACACCGCCGUCGCAGACGCCACAACCGCCUUCAAGACCACCUGGGGGAAGCUCGCCCCCUCCGAGCGCGCAAAAUGCAUGCUCCGCUUUGCGGAUCUCGUCGAACAAAAUGCGGACCGUCUCGCGACCCUCGAAUCCCUGCCCACGGGGAAGCCCGUCUCUCCGACCAAGGGGUUUGAGAUUGCGCAUAUGGUUGAGGUUUAUCGAUACUACGCUGGCUGGACCGACAAACUCGCCGGCGAAUCGUACCCCGAAUCCAACGGAACCUACAAAAUCGUCCGCCACGAGCCCCUCGGCGUCUGCGCGGGGAUCGGCUCCUGGAACGCGACGUUCAUGUACAUCGGGUGGAAGAUUGCGCCGGCCCUCGCGGCGGGCAACUGCUUCAUUUACAAGCCGUCUGAAAAGUCACCCUUUGGCGCCCUUGCGCUCGGUGAGCUCUAUGCGCAGGCCGGAUUCCCGCCGGGCACGGUGCAGAUUCUGAACGGGGCAUCGGAGACCGGGGCUGCGCUUGCGGGGCAUUUGGGGAUCAGGAAGAUUAGUUUCACGGGAUCAAUUGGCGGGGGCAGGGCCGUGCAGGAUGCGGCGACGAGGAGUAAUCUGAAGAAGGUUACGCUGGAGCUUGGGGGGAAGAGUCCGGCGAUUGUCUUUGGGGAUGUGGAUUUUGAGAGGGCGGUUGGGGGUGUCUGCGGCUUCCUGUUUAACUCGGGCCAGGUCUGUGUCGCAACAAGCCGCGUCCUGGUCCAAAAGCCCAUCGCCGAGAAAUUCAUCGAAGCCCUCAAAACGGCCUUUGCCGCAACAGAAGCGGCCCUGGGUUCCGACCCGCUUGACCCAGCUACCUCGUUCGGGCCCAUCGUCGACAAGCUUCAAUUCGACAAGAUCAUGUCCUACAUCGAGAUCGGCAAGAAGACUGCAACCCUCGUCACUGGUGGCGAACAAAAGGGCGACAAGGGGUUCUUCAUCAAGCCGACUAUCUUCCUGAAUCCGGACCCCGAGAGCCCGAUUGUCCGCGAGGAGAUCUUCGGACCCGUUAUGUGUAUACAGACGUUUGAGACGGAGGAGGAGGUUGUUGCGUUGGCGAAUGGGACGGAGUAUGGACUUGCUGCAUCAAUCUACACCUCCAACAUCGACCGCGCCCUGCGCGUGUCAAGUCAGCUUGAGUGCGGUGGCGUCGCCGUCAACUCGCCGUUCCUACCGGAUGUGAACACUGCGUUUGGAGGGAUCAAGGCGAGUGGGCAGGGACGGGAGCUGGGCAAGUAUGCGCUGCUAGAGUAUACGGAGCCGAAGAGUGUGCAUAUCAAGUUGGAUAUGGGGUCGAAGUUGUAG